GCUUCCCUCACACCUGUCACCAUGACGACCCGGGACGAGGUCGGAGAAGAGAAGCCCAAAGUGAAGAUGUUGUCUCCGGGCUUCGGGAUCGAUAAGUCCCGCCUGCACGCUCCCGGGUUCCGGUCUAAAGGCUUCGCCAUCACCGACCUCCUGGGCCUGGAGUCGGACCUGCAGGCCCGGCCGCAGCCCGGAGGAGCCCCGGGCCUGUCGGCGGUGUGCUCCGGGCCCGGGGCCGAGCCGCACGGAGCCGGCGGCGGCCUCGGAGGCUUCUCGUUCCCGGGAGGAUCUCUGCCGCUCGGCCUGGGCUUCCUGUGCAGCCUGGCGGCGCAGCAGCCCCCCGGGGCUCCGUGCUUCCUGCCCGGCCACCUGCCGCUGCUGCAGGCCCGGACCGAGAGCCACUACCUGCACAGCCUGGAGGCCCAGAGGGACAACUACUCCGAUGAAGAGUGUCUCUCAGACAGAAACGACCCCAAGUCUUCAGGAAACUCUCAGAAGAGGAAGAAGAGGAGACACCGGACGGUGUUCACCUCCCACCAGCUGGAGGAGCUGGAGAAAGCUUUUCACGAGGCUCAUUAUCCAGAUGUUUACGCCCGAGAGAUGCUCGCCAUGAAGACAGAGCUGCCCGAGGACAGGAUACAGGUCUGGUUUCAGAACCGUCGGGCAAAGUGGCGGAAGCGUGAGAAGUGUUGGGGUCGCAGCAGCGUCAUGGCGGAGUACGGCCUCUACGGGGCGAUGGUGAGACAUUCCAUCCCGCUGCCCGAGUCCAUCCUCAACUCCGCGAAGAACGGCAUGAUGGGAUCCUGCGCCCCCUGGCUGCUCGGUGAGCCGCAUGCACGAAUGCACAAGAAAUCUUUAGAAAUGGCCAAAAAAUGUUCCAGUCCUCCAGCGUCUGAAUCCACUCGCUCAGACUCCUUCAACACGGCGGAGCGACGGGGCAGCGAGGUCCGGGAGGUGGAGCAGGGGGAGGAGCUGUUGGAGGAAGAGGAGGAGCUGGAGGAGGAAGUGGCAAUCGACCUGUCCAGCUCCUCCAAACAACAUCAUGAGGACGGAGGGAGGAGCGUUCCCUCGCCACGGCGACAGAGCGGCGGCGAGUCGGACGAACACAGCUGAAGGUCAAUCUGACGUUUCUGUUUUGGAGACACAGGGAUUUGAUUGGCUCGUGGAGCACAGCCAAUCAUUGAACAGACAUGACAUAAUUUGUUACUAUGCAAAGUUUUUAAUUAAGCACGGUUACGUCAGAGUUGUUUUUUCAUUUUUAAAUAACUGUCAACAUGUAGCAUUUUAAUUAUUGGAUUUAACUGUUAGCAUGUGGCUAUUUCCUAAAUAUUAAGUGGAAAAUAUGAUCUAAUAUUUCAGUGCUAGUGUUUUAGAAUGCUAAUCCACUUUAGCAUGCUAAAGUACUAGCUGACCUAUAUUUUUUUAGCUUCUAAUAAAACUUUUAUUGGUUAUUUACAAUGAAAUGUUAGGCGGCUAGUACUAAUUCAAUAAAUGGUAGUAUGCUAAUAUAUUAGCAUUGGGUACAAUUUUAGCAUAUUUACUUAUAUGUGGAAAUGUUAGCAUGCUAAUAGUAUGCUAAAAUUGUAGUCUUUAGAUAAUACUUAUCUUUCUAAUGAAAUUCAAUUUGUGACUAAGAACAUUUGCAUACUAAACUGUUAGUAUGAAUAUUUAACAAGCUAACAUGUUUACCAGUGAUAUAAGUGGUAUAUUGUUGACAAAAUGCUAAUUAGUAUUUAAUGGAAUAAGAGGGCUAACAACACUCUUGGACAUUUUUGAAACCAGUGAAAUUAAUGUACAAAAAUAAAUGUAUUUACAGUUUGAAUGUUUUAUUACGACUUUUUAUCAAUGGAGCAAAGGCUAUUGAUAACGCUUGAAAAUGAGCUGCAGCCGAAAACAGUAGCUCAGUUAGCUCUGUGCUCCAGGAAACGCUAACGUCAGGUGAGAAUGUCGGACUGAGAGUUUCGUGUUUUCUGUUGGACGAUGUAAAUGAAAAGCCUCCGUCUGUGUCUUUAUCAUCGUUUUGUCCUGAACGUAUGUUUUAUAUCUGUGAUUUUGAAAACGAGAAUAUUUAAUGUUUUAUUCCUGAUGGUGUUUGACUGCAGCUCUGUGAAUGAAUGUAAUGUAAAUGUAAUAUUAAAAAAAGUUGGUCUAUUAUUAUGUGUCUGUACAGGUUCAGCACGUGGUGAAUAAAAACAAAGUAUUUUUGGA